AUUCACAGGUGAUAGCUAUUAGCUUACCUCAUAUCAUAUGCUGUCAGGUGUCGCGCCUUGCGGUCUAUCAAACCGUUUCCCUUUCUGUGGUGAGAGCUAUUUUUCGUGGCGGUUUUGAAAAGCUGCAGUCCGCUUUGCAGAUGCCAUGGUUGAGCAGUGAGCAUGGCGGAAAAUCAUCUGGAGUACGGCUACCUGGAGGGCGAGUCCAUCGGGGCGCAUUUUGCAGAGGACCCGGAGCUGGCGGCCAUCAAGGCCAGAGUUCAUGAGAUGGAGAUGGAAGAAGAGACCGAAAGAAUGAAGGAGGAGGAGGAGGAGAGGUGUGAUUCAAUAGACAUGCACCUCAUGACCAGCAGCCCUCGGCCUGGUGAGACAGCCCGACCUUUCUACAACAUGACUCCCGAGGAGAGGAUGGACGCCGACAACAGAUCAGUCUAUGUAGGAAAUGUAGACUAUGGAGCUACUGCAGAUGAGUUGGAGAUCCAUUUUAACGGCUGUGGUCCCGUCAACCGAGUGACCAUCCUGUGUGACCGGUUCUCCGGCCAUCCAAAGGGGUGGGAUCAACUCGUGCAUACAGUUUUUAUUUUUGCUUACAUUGAGUUCUCUGAUCCAGACUCUGUGCAGAGUGCUAUUGGUUUGCAUGAGUCCUUGUUCAGAGGAAGAGUCCUUAAGGUAAUGCCCAAGAGGACCAACAUGCCUGGCAUCAGCACCACAGACAGGGGAGGACACAGAGGGAGCCACACCAGAGGCAGAGGCCGCGGUUACCGUCCACCCCGAUACCAUAACAGCUCUCGUGGUAGGUUCAGGUACCAGUCGACCAGGCCACAACAUCAAACACCCCACCCUUACUACGGAGCACCCUCAGUGGGGAAGAGACAGUGGGGACACAUGGACUACAAUGAACAGAUGCCUAAACGUUACCCGUGUCUUCUUCUCAUCACGCCACCGUCGGAGGAGAUGGUGGCAGGGUCGAGUGGACCGCACUACCCUCAACAGCGCUAGCACUAACCACAGCAUACUAAAGUGGGCAAAUAGAACUGAUCAUUUUAAAAGAAGUGUUUCCAGGCAUUACUUGUGAGAGCCAGAAUGGACAGAAGAGAUGACUUUCCAAGUUACAUCCCUGCAUCAGUGCUUCAAGAUAUGAAGACAGAGGCGUUGCAUUAUAAGCUUAUGUUGCUGUGGAUGCAUGGGACAAUCCUCAAAUUGUUAUGCAGUUGCAUCUCUUUACUGUUUUUACAAACUGGUUGAGAAUGUAUUGUGUUGCUGCCUGCAAUGUAAUGUAUAAAUCCUCUCUAUGUAUAACUUAAGUUCUUUGCUAUGUAAGUGAAUAAAUAAAAUAAUGAUCCGGA